UCAUCUAUUAGUCCAACCUCCGAAGUCGUGCGUAGUGAAAGCAGAGCGCUAUCACUAGACUUCAACUUUUAUUAGCAUAGAGUAGUUUGUAUUACCCAAAAACAAUUAAACGGAGUUUUUUAUUUUUGUAAAAGUGGAAUCUUUUGUGCUAAGGAAAGGGAGCAACACGGGUUGUCUUCAUCUACGGGAAUUAUCUGCUACAACUCGACAACUGAGCUCCACUUUUGACAUUUCUGAAGAUUCUUUAUGAGAGGGAUUUCAGUUCUUCUGCAGGAAAAGUACAUCGCGCUGCCAUCGGGGAGAAUUCCUUUUCUGCGUCCUGAGACACGCUCAGCUUUACUGUAAUGGCGGGAAGAGACGUCACGUUUUGCUUUGUCCUCUCCUUUUGCUGCAUGGCCUCUGCUGGUCCGCUGUCCCGUAGCCCCUGUGAGCUGCUGCCUCUUGGGGAGGGUCACCCUGUGCAGGCACUGCAGAAGAGCUUCACUGCGUUGUCAGGCUGUGCCAGCAGAGGGACUACAGUCCUCCCCCAGGAAGUGCAUGUCAUCAACCUGAAAAGCAACAGUCCUGAAAGGACUGAAGAGGGGCAGGCUGAGGUGGUUCUUCAUCUGAAGCCCAUCCAGUCCCUCCAGGUCCACCGUAAGCCCCUGGUCUUCGUGCUGAACUCACCCCAGCGUCUGCUAUGGCGGAUCAGAACUGAGAACCUCGCUCCCAACGUCAGGCGCGUCUUCCACGUAUCCAAGGGCUCGGACAUCCAUUUUGAGCCGGGGAAUUUUUCCCUGUCCUCUGAGUUGGUGAGGCAGACUCUUCCCCAUGACAACGAGCAUCUCCUGACCUGGGCCCAAAAUGAGUACAGGGCUGUCACCUCCUUCUCUGAGCUCAAGGUCGCCCAAAACAUCUACAUCAAAGUGGGAGAAGACCCCGUGUUUUCGGACACCUGCAAGAUUGACAAGAACUUCCUGUCCCUAAACUACCUGGCGAGCUACGAGCAUCCUCAGCCAUCGCGGGGCUGCGUUCUUUCAGGCCCCGCCCCGGACCGUGAGGUCCACAUCAUCGAGCUGCAGGCGCCCAACUCCAGCAGCGCCUUCCAGGUUGAUGUGAUCGUGGAUAUUGGCCCGCUGGACGGGAACGGGCCACUGCGGCGGGACCUGGUGCUCCUGCUUAAGUGUGGAAAAUCUGUUAACUGGGUGAUCGAAGCCCACGGUGUCACUGGCAAGCUGGAGAUUCUGACCUCUGACAGCGUGGGUCUGGGUUCUGACACGGAGAGGAUGAUGCAGAUGACCAAGUCUCCCAAGCAGCACCUCCCUUCUGGGUCCCAGGCCAUGAUCAAGUGGGCCGAGGAGCACGGCUACAGCCCGGUCACCUCCUUCACCCACACGGCUGUGGCCAACCACUUCAACCUCCGGCUGAGGGAGCCAGAUGUGUUGGAAGAUGGUCUGGAGAAAGUUUCCCCUCCAAAGCCGGCCAUCCCGCCUGAGUUUAACCCCCACCCAGGUCCCGGGGGCUCUGGAAGCCACUCGAUGCUGCCCUUCCCUUUCCCCUACUUUCCCCUGCCCGGCUCGGUGGAGGAGCAGCCCGAGGAGCUGGAGGAGCAGCAGGGCAGCCUGGAUGUCGGCCUGAGUGUUAAGUGUGAGGAGAACAGGAUGGUGGUGACCUUGGACAAGGAGAGUCUGCAGGUGAGCGGAUAUCAAGAAGCUGAGCUCACCCUCCAGGAUCCUUCAUGUAAGGCCAGACUCAAUGCCACUCACUACAUACUGGAAACCCCAUUGAAUGGCUGCAAGACCACCAAGUACCAGUUCCCUUCCAGCCCCACGGUCACCUACAUAAACUCGGUCCUGAUUAACCGAUCGGAUCCAGAAGAUGGAAGUGGCUUGCCUGUGGAUGAUGAGGACGUGCAGUCUGGAGACAAUGGCUUCCCUGUUGAUGAGGAGAGGGGGUCAUUCCUUGAACACAUAGAACCAAAGCUUGCUCACAUCUUGUUUAACUGCACGUACAGGAAGCUGCAGGAUCUCCCGGUCAUCUUCCCUGGGGUCGCACCCAGAAAGAACACAAAACCCUGGGACAACGACAUGGAGUUCAAAAUGGAGCUGUACGACUCGGACCUCUUCCUUCACCCUGCAAACCACAGUUUCUUCACGGUCUCGGAAAACAAGUCAGUCUUUGUGGAGGUCACUGCAAGCAAUGCUGAUAUGGAAGUCGGGUUCAUGAUUCAGUCGUGCUUCAUCACACCCAGUGCCGACUCCGACUCCUCUGACUACACCCUCAUCGAGAACGUCUGCCCUACGGACGACUCGGUGUCCUUCUACUCCCAGGAGCUCCCGGUCUCCCCCGGCAACGCUGACAGGAAGAGGUUCCGUUUCACUUUCAGGUCAAAGUUCAACAUGUCCCUGCUCUACCUGCACUGCCAGAUGUCCCCGUGUUCCGGAAGCCUCCCGAACGGACAGGGACUGCCUGAGUGUGUGCCGCCGAAGCAGGCCUGCGACUCUCUCAGCGUGGACGUGAUCAUUGCCAUGACGCGGUUCACCAAGACCACCGCCAAACAGCUGGUCGGCAUACCUGAGCUCCAGCCCCCCGAGCCGCAAGCUACCCCCAGCAAGUUUGUUCCCCACGUUGCUGCAGAAAAGGAUGAAAAAUGCAUAGUGUACGUCCUGGACACUCCCACUGUGGUUGGGAUUGCUUUUGCAGCCUUUGUGAUUGGAGCACUCUUAACGGGAGCUUUGUGGUUCAUAUACUCACACACAGGCAGAAAGAUUCUUGUUUCAGGCAGUGAAUUAGCUGCAGACGGCCUCUGCAAGAUGCAGGUGAGUCGGCAGGGCGGCAGCAGGUCCAGAAGUGUCCGCCGGCCUCCGAGAACAGCAGCGUAGCGCACAGCAUCGGCAGCACACAGAGCACGCCCUGUUCUAGCAGCAGCACCGCCUAGUCCACCUGCGGGGGGGCCACCCGAAGGGCGCCACCCACAGCCUGGGAGGACAGCAAGGCCCCUCCAGGUCACAUAGACUGUUUGCUGAUGUCCACUUUCCCAGGAUGAAAGGGAUUAUUUUGGGUUGCUUUUGCCAAUGGAGAAUAAUGUGGUUCUUUCUUGAUCUUUUUUUUUUUUGGGGGGGGGGGGGGGGGUCGGGUUUGCAAGCAAAGAAAAACUCACCAACAGUUGUCAGUGGCCUUUCCUUUCCAUACAAAAAUGUGCAACACAACUACUACAGAUUUCUUAUCCAGAUGCUGCUUGAAACAGAACAAAGGAGACAUCCUUAAUUUUUACCUUACAUGGUAAAAACCUGUAGAUCUUUACAGUAUGUGGAUUCCAACCAAUGAACAAAUUGGAUGGUGAUGUAAACCAAAUUGGAUAUUUGGAUAAGCUUGUUAAUGUUUUAUUUUGUUUUUGUACAUAUUGUAAAUACUCGGAAGUGUUAUGGAGAGUAUAAUUUUAAAAGCUAAGUCUUAUCUGGGGGUUCUAAUUAUGUACAAAGUAUAAGAAUAUAUGAAAUUGGUUAAAAUGGCAACCAGCCACAAUUUAGGUCGGCAAGAUAUAUUAUAAUUUAUAAUGUUAAUAUUAAUCCAUCUGCAAACUCAGUUUGUGGACAGUAAAUAUGGAAAACAUUCCUCAGCACAAUAUCAAAGGAUUGGGCUUUACAUGUAAAAUCAAAAAAAGAAAAAGAAAUCUGUUGUUACCACAAAAUAAUGUUACCUUCUUGGGUCUAAUGCCACUGUCUGCCACAACCCCUAACAUUUGCAAUAAGUACCAAUUUGUUUUCUGGCUACAAACACUUCUGCCCUUAUUCCCAAUAUAUUAUCAUCCAGUUUUAUAAUGAAUAGUUUUAUAAUGGAUGAUCAGUAUUUACAUUGUUGUUCACUUUUAACUGACUAUUCCUGGAAGUACAAAGUCACCAAUUUAAUACCAUAGUUCAGAAAUUUCUUGUUUAAAUGUUAAAAAAAUUCUGAGCAUAAAGGGAACCAAAGAAUGUUUUAAAAAUGCAAAAAAGGGAAAAUGGAGGGUAUGUUUGUGUUAAUCACACAAUGUGUAUAUAUGUAUGGAAUAGUAAAAAAAUGUGUAGUCUACUUGUACCAGAUCAUAAAACUAAAUGUGUAACAAUUUUUUCAUUCUGCAGACCUUAAUCAUAGAAUGUAUUUUUAUCUGAACGCUUUAAAGUGAUUGUGAAACAUGUAAAAAUAUCUUCAAAGAAGACCACAGAGUAUUUUAGUAAUACAGGUAUAUAUUGUGGGAAAGCAUGUAUAAAGUUGUAUUUGUGUUCACAUAAAUAGAGCCAACUAUAUUUUUUCUGUCAUAUACUGUGAAUUAGUGUGUAUAUAUAUACACACACAUAUAUAUAGCCAUGUAUGUUUGUAUACAUUUUUGUACAGAUUUAUCUACAAAUGUCCAAAUCUUGCUUUGAAUAUUAACGCCAAGGAUAAGUAUUUUGUGUAUAGAUGUUCAUAAAACUAAAUAAUUUUGUCAUGUAAACAUUUGAGGUUACCAUACAGCAGACCAAAUUGUUUUUCACUUUUCCAGUUCAGUUCUUUCAGGAAUGUUUUUGUACUAAAAUCUAGUGAACACAAUAUUUUUGUACAAUGAUGUUUUUGGAAGAAUUUACAAUUCCAGCUGUGUCAUCUAAUUUUCUUUUUAAUUUCUUUUGCUCAAUCAUUUGUUGCCGUCAUGUUUGUUAAAUGUGCUUUUGAAAGGUCCACUUGUUUAUUGUAUGGAUCAAUGUGCCAACUACCUAUUGCGUAUUGUGGUGCUUGUACUAAAUGCUGUCAUAUUUGCCACCAUAAAUUUGUGUGUUUAAAACUAGCUGCUAGUCAUUUUGACUAAAUUACCAUGCAUCUUCCCCUUACAGUAGCUGCUUCAUGUUCCUCUGUGCCAACAAUUCACUUAACUUUCUGUGGGAAUUCCUGCUAUACUGUGGAUUGGCUUUACCGUGUAUCUAAGUGAUAUAAGCUUUAAAAAAAAAAAAAACAUAGGACUGAUUUUGCACUUUAGAAAAACUGGCCAUUUGUUCCAGCUUCCGUGGGAGAGUGAGGCAAUCCCUCAUCCUGUAUAGUUUCAAUGAAUUGUGAAAUGAGACUUAAAAGAAGAGUUCACAGAAGUGAGAGCUGUUCAGGUCUAAUCCCCCACAAAGAGGAAGCCUGCGGUUUUGUGAUGCCGUUGAUCGACCUCAGUAACGGUGUGCUGAAAUACCUGCCGCGCUUCCUCGUUCCGAGUAAACAGUGAACUUGCAGGAAGGGCAAAGACGGGGAAUCAGGAGCUGUGAAAAUCCUGGCUGUGUCUUCCCCAAUAAAGAGGCCCCUGCACUGUGUGUACACACAGAGUUAACCCUGCCAGCUGUGCCUUAGGAGGGGAAAGCUUAUACCCUGUAAAUGAUCCCCCUCUCAAACUAAGAUUGUAAAUUUUGCUUUGCUUGCUUCUUUUACGUAUAUCUACCUCACUUAUUUUUUAUUCUUUUUUUGGGGGGGGGGGGGGCAGGUAUUUUAUGCCUUCAGUCACACAAAACAGCAUGCAAUUUCUCGCAAGUUAGUGAGUUUCCUAAUAAAAAAUGCUCCUCUUGUCCAGAUGCAUUAUUCCGAACACUUAACAGUAUAAAUUAAUACAAACAUCUUGCCUAAAUGUGGCAGGUGGUUUUGUGUGAAAAGGUAUAGUAUUAGCUAAAGCAUUCAUGUUACCAUUCAGUCAUGGUCCGACUGAGCACCCUUGUUUUUUAAGAUUUUGUUUUAUUUUCUAGUGUAGUAGGCUGUUGUAAAGACUCUUUGCUGUAAAUGUGCAUGCAUUUUAUACACAUAAUAAAGUCUUAUCUUUCAUAA